AUGCGUGUUAACUUACAAGCAGAGGUUGUAUGGGACGUCGUUGAGCAUGGUGAUGUUGAGGCGCAUAAGGACAGGAUGGCUCUUUCUGCCAUCUACCAAGCAAUCCCAAAGGACGUCCUUCUCAUGUUGGCAGAAAAGGACUCAGCAAAGGCAACGUGGGAGACGCUGCAAAUAAUGCAUAUGGGCGUGGAACGUGUCAAUGAAGCAAAGGUGCAGACCUUGAAGAGUGAGUUCGAGGCUAUCCGCAUGAAGGACGGUGAGUCAAUAGAUGACUUUACCAUGAAGUUGACAACGGUCGUCAGUGGUAUUCGUUCAUUAGGUGACGUGGUGGAGGAGAUCUCCGUCGUCAAGAAGUUCCUUCUAGCAAUUCUUCCAAGAUUCAUGCAAAUUGUUACCUCCAUUGAGCAAUUUGACGACCUCAAGAACAUGUCGGUUGAGGAGGUUGUUGGUCGUCUUAAGGUCCAUGAGGAGAGACUUCGUGACUAUGAAGACAAAGAGGAGGGGAAAUACCUCUUACUCACACAUGAGGAGUGGCUUGCACGGAUGAAAAAGAAAGACGCAGAGGACUCUUCUUCUUCAAGUAUGAGUGAACGUGACAGCCUUUACAAAGAAAAAAGAUGUCGUGGUCAUGGUCGCGGACGUGGUGGUAGAGGAGGUCGUGACAGUACCACACAAAUCGAUGAAAGUGUCAACCCUCAGAAGAACAAGAGUAUGAUCAAGUGUUACUCUUGUGGAAAAUAUGAGCAUUAUGCGGCAAAGUGCGGCAACAAGGAGCACGAUGAGGAGGCAAACCUUAUGUUCUCAGAUGAUGAAAAGCCCACAUUAAUGUUGGCCGAGAAAAUGUAG